AUGAAUCCACCCUCCCUACGCCUCAACGCAACCAUCUCCUCCUCCCUCCACCCCCACCUGCAUCUCUCCCCACUCAACCCCGACCCAACCUCCUCCUCCCCGUCCAGCUGCGUCCAAGUCCGCCUUCACCUUCCCGACGCCCUCUUCGUCGAUCCGGACGAACUGGUCGAUCUCUGGGGUGCUCCUUCCCUCGACCUUUCCUCCAAACCCUCCCUUGGUGCAGACCAAACCUCUCCUGUAUGGACUCUCUCCCCACGCAUAGUCGACAUCGAGCGGCCCGAAUCUCCCACCCUUCCCCCUCAAAGCCUCAAAUCUCCCCAAACCGGGCGGAGUAAGCUGGAUCUCGUCUUCACCGGCGCCGUCGACGUGCCAUUACACGCGCGGUAUCUCAUCCCCGACGCCGCAGAGGCGAGUUGGGACGCCAUGAUCAAGGCGUUUAAUGGGGAUAUUUAUCGCGACGUGUCCCUGGGUAGGGUGGAGGCUGCGUAUUGCGGCGAGAGGAUGGAGUUUGUCGAUACCAAUGCCGUUGCGCGUCUCCCGGUUGGCGAUGCCGCUUAUCGGUUACCCGUCGAGGCUGUUACCGCAGCGGUGGUGUGGGCGGGAUGGGCGUGGGUCGUGUACGCUCUCGUGCGGGCGACAAGGGGCAAGACCAAGACAGAGUAG